GGAUUGUUGCGUUGUUGAUAGCCCUGGCAGCGUCUUUCUCUGCCUGCGACUUCAGAAGUCCUGAGCAAAGGCUGAGGAUCUUGGCCAGGAUGGCUCUGCGCUUUCUGUCCCUUCUGGUGGUGGCGGCGGUCGUUCUUCAGGAGAACUGCCUUGAGCCCCAGAUGGGAGCCUCCAUGGGAUCAGGGUCCCUGACUGAAGCCCCCUAACUCUGCCCCUCUGGCUCCCUUCCAGGCGCCUCCUCCCACUCCAUGAAGUUUUUCUACACUGGCAUCUCGGAGCCCAGUCAGGGGCAGCCCCACUUUGUCUCUCUGGGGUUUGUGGAUGAUCAACUCUUCACUUCCUAUGACAGCAACAGCCGGAGGGUGCAGCCUCGAGUCUCCUGGAUGGAGAAAGUGGGGCAGGAGGACCCCCAGUACUGGGACACUCAGACCCAGAUCAUACGUGGCACUGAGGAAGUGUUCAGAGAAGCCCUGGAGAACCUGAGGAGUCGCUACAACCAGAGUGAAGGUCUUCACACAUGGCAGAACGUAUAUGGCUGUGAGCUCCGGAGUGACGGGAGCAAAGGAGGGUUUUGGCAGUAUGGCUACGAAGGAAGGACCUUCAUCACCUUCGACAAGGAGACCCUCACCUGGGUGGCUCCCGAACCCCUGGCCCAGAUCACCCAGAGGAAAUGGGAGGCUCUUCCAGGAAUGACUCAGGGAAAGAAGAUCUACCUGGAAGAAAUCUGCAUUGAGUGGCUGGAGAAGUACCUGUCCUACGGGAAUAAGAUGCUGCUGAGGACAGAGGUCCCAAAGGUGACGGUGAGCAGCAGGACGGAAGUGAAGGAUGGGAUGGAGACGCACGUCUGCCAUGUCCAUGGCUUCUACCCCAGGGAGAUCGAUGCCUCCUGGAGGAGGGACGGAGAAGUCUGGCUGGAGGACACCUUCCAUGGGUUUCUGGCCCCCAAUGCAGAUGGGACCUAUCACUACUGGCUCAGCAUCCAAAUCGACCCCGAAGAGAGAGACCGUUAUCGGUGCCACGUGGAACAUGACGGCCUGCAGGAGCCUCUGGACGUGGCUUUGAAGGAACCAAAAUCCAACCUGGGGCUCAUAAUCGGCUGCGUUGUGGCUGCUCUUGUCCUGGUGUGUGUGAUUGCUGGGAUCCUGGUAUUCAUCAAGAGACGUCAAGAUGACUACAAUGCAGCACCAAGGAGGAACGUGGCCAUUUAGCAGCCCCCUUGCAGGUGCUUUGGAGAACAACCCGACUCCCUCUUCUUUGUGGCAACCCCUGAGAUGGUACCUGAGAGGUAAAUCAAAUGGCAUGCGGAAGUCAAAGAAGAAAAAGGCAGGAAAACGCAGAAACUCCAACACACCUUCUCCUAUUUUCCCCACAACCACCCUGUGAAGUGGGUUGGGGUCAGAGAGAAUGACUGGCCCACCCAGCUGACUUUCGUGGCUAUGGCAGGACUUGAACUCACAGUCGCUUUCUAGCCUGGUGCCUUAACCACUACAUCAAACUGCCUUGUAUAGCUUGUAAAUAGCUUUGUAAUAUAGCUUGUAGCAACUAUAUUGUUAUUUCUGGUGACCUUUAAUGGGCUUCUGCUGAUUAACAGGUUUUAGAGAAAGGCCCAUAUUGAAUGGAGUGAGGAAUAGAAUGAAGAGUUUUACUUUAAGGGCAGAGUUUUAUUUUAAGGGAGAAAGCUACUUUAAAGCAGGGGUCACCAACCUUUCGGACCUCAGGGACCAUUAAAUCCAUAAUUUUAAAUCCUGUGCACUACUAAUAUGAUUUUUUUAAAAGAUAAAUAGUAUUUAGUGCAAUAUAAAAAUGCAAAUAAUUUUUCUAUGGGCCACCGAAAUUUUCUCGCGGAACACCAGUGGUCCACGGACCACUGGUUGGUGACCACUGCUUUAAAGUAACAUUACUUUAAUGUUAAUCUCCAUCAUAAUUGCUUGGAUUGAAAGUGGAGGUUUUUUUCUCUCUCUUAUUUUGUUGGUGUAAAUUGUAUAAUGAAUAGUAUGUAGCAUGUACUGCCAUUUAUGGAUUUUCAGAGUUUAGAAAAAUGAAACAGGAAACUUCCCCCAAUCAUGACAUGCUGAACGUCCUAAGGAAAGCUUCCACAAUUAAGAACCAAACAGAAGUAUUUAACACUGGACUCAGAGAUAAUAAUUGGAGCAGUUUGUGAUAAAUAAGAAAUUGUGUAAACUUUCUAUGAAUAAAUUAUAACAACAGACAUUUAUUGUUAACAGAGUGCUCUGAAUUUUAACUUUGCUGUUGUUCAACUAUUAACUAUUUUUCCUUUCACAUGUGUGACAGGUCAGUUAGGCUGCAAAUAGAUCUACAAGAUUAUAAAUUUUGGAUCUCUUUUGCAAGGGGGGAAGCUAUUAUUGUUGCAAUAGAUUUCCAAGUGUUCAGCUGGGGGCGGGGCAUAAUAUGUCUUUUCCUGUUUUUUCAUUAAUUUUUUUCAAUGUUUUUCUUUAGUUUUGUUCUGUCUCUGUUCAAUCCUUUUCUUUUGGAUUUUAAUCUUUUACGUAAAAUAAAAUAAAA